UUGAUUUGUGUCUUCAAAAGACUGGUUCCCAGAGACCUGUAGGGGGAGCUGUAUUCCAUUCUGAACAAAAGGCGAUCACUGGCAGCGGUGUACAGUCAGACUGUUUCCAGAGGACAGUGUGUAAACACACACCGAGAGCAUCACUACAGAGAAGUGCUCCAUCUCACCAUUCAAGAACAUUAAGAAUAAAACAAAUACAUCAUAGAAGGAUGAUUUUGCGCCAAACACUGCCCUGGAUGUGUUUAGUCACCUUUGUUUCGUUGACUAAGCACGUGUCACACUCAGUCACCGUAGCAGGCGUGUCAGUGGAUCCUCCAGAAAACAUAAGGAUCAUCGAUCCAGGUCAUCUGGGUUACUUGAACAUUGAGUGGAGCCGACCAGGCAGCCUGCAUGAUCUCACAAACUGCACUAUUCGCUACCAACUCCGCUUUUAUGACACAUACACAGGGAGAUGGAAGGGUGUGCAGACGUCCAGGCUAUUCUACACGGCCCAGUUUAACCUGGAGAAACCAAUCGAGGUGCGGAUGCUCACCCUGCUGAAGUGUUCGUGCACCAAUGGAACAGACAUUCUGGGAGAGGAAGUCAAGUUUGUGCACAUGCCUGAACAUAAAGGUGCGGCUGGCUCAAGAAUAAGGGAUUUCCACUGCGUUUAUUUUAACAAGGAGUACAUGGAGUGCACUUGGGAGCCUGGAACUGUUGAGCCCGCCGACUCAAAACACUACCUCUAUUACUGGCACAGAGCAAUGCAGGAAACAGGGGAAUGUCCAGAGUACAUCCCAUCACGUGAGCACCGCAAAGGAUGUAGAUUCCCUCCCACAUCUCUUUUGGAUUUUACCGAGUUUAACAUUUGUGUGAAUGGCUCUUCUGAGGCGGGAGAUUUAGAGCCGGCCUUCUUUUCCCUGGAGAUCCAAAACCAUGUCAAACCUGCAGCAGUGUCUAAGCUACAUCUGGCUCAUAAUGACACCCUGGUGCAUGUAGAGUGGGCCCCUCCAUCAGGUCCUGUUCCAGAGCACUGUCUGGAGUACGAGCUUGAAAUAACCACAGUGAAGCACAAUGGUAGCAAGCAACAGACAGCUUUGAUCGAGGAGACAGAGUUUGAUUUCCAUCAGGAUGGUGAAACUGAGAGAAACUGCUACCGGGUCAGAUCUAAAGUGAACAUUUACUGUGCUGAUGAUGGCUUCUGGAGCGACUGGAGCCAACCAAGAUGCAUUCCAGAGACUGAACCAGAAAUAAUUCAAUGCAAUUCAUCCAGGAGCCCUUUGCUACUGAUCGCCAUUAUAGCCAGUGUCAUUGUUUUGGUCGGCACCAUCUGCCUCAUACUACGGAUGCUCAGGAAGAUAUGGAAGAACAGAAAUGAACAGAAGCAUGUUUUUCGUGCUCUGUACCAGGAGAAGGUCCAGAAGGUGAUCCCUCCCAUAUUCAGCCCUAUGCUUUAAAUACUCAUUUUUCUCAGCCAGUUGCACAUGGACAUUGCAGCAUGUGCGAGUACAUUCGGACCCUCUGUCAGUUCCCAGCCAAUCUGUUUACAGUACUGAACGUAUGGACACUGGUUUUCUUAAGAUGCACAAUGGAGCAUGUAGUUUCAAUCCUGCACCUUUUUUACAGAGACUGUAGUCACGCUCUGUGAAAAUCAGAAUAUCUGUGGCAGCAUAGCACUACCAAACAGUGUUUCCUUUCUGAAUGUAUUUUCUGUGUUGUUUACUUAUCAAUUUUAUUAAAAUACUGUACUGAUAAAUGUAAAGUUACUCAUUAAUGCCAGAAUUCUUGCCAACCUUUAAACAACUGUACACUGUAUGUUUUUACUGAAUACUUUUACCAUGUUAUUAUUGUUUAAUGAAAUUUAUUGUCUAUUAUUUCACUAUCAACAUUGUCUUUUCGAUAAUGUAUCCUUGUGAACAGGGCAUUCACUGUCUUUUCACUGGCUACAGUUUACAGUUAACUGUAUAUUACAAACUCAACAUGUUAUUUUUAAACCUCAAUUUUUCUCCUCAGUAUGUCAUAGCCAAUUCACAAUAAAAGCUUUGUCAUUCACUA